AUGACUGCAAAUCCCAAUUGGCUAGAAAUUACUUCAGCAUUAUUACCACACCAAAAAGCUAUUGAUCGUCCGGAUUUGAUUGCCCGUGUUUUUGAGCUAGAAAGAAAGUGUUUGAUGAAGGAGAUAGAGACAAACAAAGUGUUCGGUAAUAAAGUUGCACAUGUUUUUACAAUUGAAUUCCAAAAACGAGGCCUACCACAUGUGCAUGCGCUUCUCUUUCUUAAAGGUCCAGACAAAAUUCGAACAUGUGCUCAAGUAGACAAAUUAAUUUGUGCAGAAUUGCCAGAUCCAAAAGAUGAUCCUACACUUUUUGAAACUGUCAAGUGUUACAUGGUACAUGGACCAUGUGGUGCUCGAAAUCCCCAAGCACCAUAUAUGGAAAAUGGUAGAUGUACUAAGAAAUACCCUCGAGCCUUUGCAGAAUCAACAACUAUGGACCAAGAUGGAUAUCCAAUCUAUUGUCGUCGCGAUAGUGGUCAAGUAUAUACUGUGAGAGGACAUGAAGUUGAUAACAGGGAUGUGAUACCAUACAAUGCAUAUCUUUCUAAACAGUUCAACUGUCAUAUAAAUGUAGAAGUUUGUGCUGGAGUGAGAUGUGUUAAGUAUAUACAUAAGUAUAUUUACAAGGGUUAUGAUCGCACAACAAUGGUUUUGGGAUUGAUUAAUGAGAUCCAACAAUAUCUUGAUGCGAGGUAUAUUGGACCACCAGAAGCUGCUUGGCGAAUAUUCGGUCAUCAUUUGCAUGUAGAGAUGCUAACAGUUGUUCGCUUGGCACUUCAUUUACCUGGAAUGCAUUGUGUUCUUUUUAAUCCUAAUGACUCAUUGGAAAUGAUUUUUUCUAGAGCUGCGCAACAAAAAUCGACUCUUACUGGUUUUUUUGAUUAUUGUGCUUCCAAUGAAAAUGAAUGCCAAUUCACUUACCAAGAAUUUCCGUAA